AUGAUGGCAACAACCUCCGGCCCACAUCGGGAUAUCGAUGACAGCCAAACCGACAACACAAGCACUGGCACCGCCAGACCAGCAGCCGAGGCUGACGAGCCGAACACUCGCACUAGCUCCACGCUUUCCAGACAAUUGAAUCAAGAAUGCGACGAUCUCUUGUCCGAAAUUGACGCCUAUUCAGCCCUGGUGGCAUCCACACUCCGCAAUCCGCAAUUGGUUGAGGUGCGCCAAUUCCGCACGAAUGUGAACGCCGAAUCAAAGAUCCUCCAGAGGAUGGGAAAGCAAAUUCAAGCAGCCGUGGAGACUGGCCCGUGCUCUGCUGAUCCAGACACUGAGAUGCGUCUGGUGCACGCCUUGCGUUCGUCCAAUUUGCCGUUUUACCAAGCUGUGUGGAGGAUUACGAAGGGGUCCUGUACUGGCCUGGUUGGUCUUGGGAGGAGAUUCUACUGGGAAGGUGAAUCAAAAGCGACGGUGCGCGAGAAGAUGAAGAAAGUUGGCUCACAGCCUGAGAAGCCACCCAACAAGGAUAAGCGCAAGAGCGCCUUUGUCGACAUUGUUGCCGAUGACGGACAGGAGUGGGUGAAAGUCUCCACGGUUUCUGAGAAUCGUUUGUUAUUCGAGAUGGCGGAGAAGGGAUGGGAGUGUGAUACUGAUAGCGAGGAAGAGUGGUCCGAGGAUGGAAAAGGACGGACUGUGCUACAGCAUUCGGACGACGAUGAAGACGACGAUGAAAUGGAGCUCAUCAAACUCGCCCGAGACCUGAGAAGAGCUGCCAAUUCUACACGAGUGAGGUACGGGCACCCUCGGCUACGUAUUGUGAUACCAAAGAUUGAAGAGGGAAGUGUUCCCGCGAUUGAUUCCAUCUUGACACAAAUGCGGAGCUUUGGCGUUAAAGUCGAGUGCCAGCAAAGUUUACCAGAACCUACUGGCACUGGACUGGUCCAUCUACUGCCUCAACCCUUCAAGAAUUUCACAUCUACCUUGAAUGUCGACUGUACGAUCCUGCUAGCCUUGGUGUCCGACCUUUCACAUAUCAAGGACAUUGUCCCAGCUUUCCAGCUUCAUCCAGCCAUCCUUCGACAGAUUGAAGUCGAAAAAGAAAAGCCACUGUUGCCUUCCGAGCUCUGGCCAGCCAUGAGUGCCCGUGAACUGGUUGCCACUUCGGAGGCUGCAACACGUUUCAGGGAAAUUGUUGAGACCAUCGGUACAGACACAGAGAAAACACGCACCCGGUUGCUGUUGGGAGAGCAGCCUUAUGAAAACCUCGGCCAUGACGGUGUGCUGCAAAAAUUCCAAGAACUGACCGACUACCCUGUUCCUGCAGAGUGGAAACUCCCUAUCAGAGUGGUCGAUGCCCAGCCGGUGAUAACUGCCGCCAAAGAAAGAGGCGACCUCCCUGCUGUGAUUCAUGAAGUUACAAAAACAUUGUCUGACAUCAACAACAGCGUGUUCUUGUACGGCUGGAUCACAGGAUUGACGACGAUUUCAAGCAAUCGCACCAUCGAUAAACAGAUCGAGGCAACGGUCGAAAGCAACAGGCAAGACGACGAUGAUUUGAAAGGUCCAGAUGUCUGGAUUUGCGACACAGCGCGAAGUUUGGUGGGAAAAGAUAGAGAUAGAAAAACCUAG